UUCAGUUCACCAAUAUCUUUCAGGAAUGAUCCGCUGUUUCAAAGCCUGGGUGCGAAACGAAAAUGUUAUUAAUACAUAUUGUUCAACAGGUGGUGGUUGCAAACGGCUGGCUGGCCCCCGUACGCAGAUUCAUCGAGUUGCAGAGUAUUGGGUCGGACGUCAAAUCAUCAAUCAACACCGCCGGUACACAUCUGGAACGCCAUUGUUUUCUCCUACUCGGCGCUUCUAUUACAUAUAACAUCGGCAUCGUUACGGGAUGGGCGGUAUAUAUGCAGCUCCAUGAUGCAGGGAAGGUGUUCCUUUUUCACACCUUGUUUAAUUCUGGAACAUUUCUGUGCCUUAUCGUACUCCAUUUCCUGUGCUCGAGAUCGUUCACAAGAAUACUAGUGGCAUUAGGUGAAGCGGAUAAUCUUCACAAGCAGGUACUUGCUCUUAUUGCAGCUCUUGUGGUUGGCGGCAAUGUUAGGCACGCGACCACCAAUGCGGGCAACAAUGUGAUUUCCGGUGACGGAAGGAAAGUUCUUAACGUGAUUCGGCUGGUGAAGAAAACCCGCCGGGCUGCGUGGGCCUCCGCCGGUCCAUCAUUUCUCAUCCAGAGCUCCGUUCUGCUUUGGACAGUGAUAGCCCGUACACCAGAAGGCAUGAAUGGCCAGACAUACCUAUUCUGCUUUAGAUCACUUGCCACCGCACCCGCUGUGAUUGCAAGUCUGUGGAUGUACGGAGUAGUCAAGGGCAGGGAGCGUGCAGAUUUCACACCAGAAUGCAUCAAUCACCUAUCUCUUCGAUCCACUUCUUUGCAUCAGAGCGGAGAGGACCUCAAAGUAACUUCACAAGCGGUAGAUAGUUGCAUUGAAAGCAAGACGUCAAGGAUAUUGAAUGACGGCUUUGAAGUGGAUGAUUAGUCAUGUAGACAUAUUAUGAUUGGGAAGGAUUCAAGGUGGUGACCGGCAAGGAAAGGUAUCCAAGAAAGACAAAUAGAUAUAGACAAAUGGACACAAUAGACUAUUCUACUUCACGUUAGGGUAGCUCUCAUGGUGCUUUUCAGAAUAUGAGAUGGAAUAACUUCC